AUGGUGAUAGAUCAUCUCAGUGAUCUGGGGUUCAACGUCAACUGGGCGAAAAGCCGAGUGGAACCUGUGCAAUGCACAGAAUAUCUGGGUCUCAACAUAAACUCCCUCUCCUAUCGCGUCACGCUAUUGGAGGGGAGGUUGGCAUCUCUCAAACACUGCCUCUCCCUUUUCCAGCUGGUAAAGUUCGUGACGUUCAGACUUGCCUGCCUGCAUCUGCUCGGCCUCAUGGCUUCAGUGAUAUCUGUUGUACAUUUGGGGCUUCUGAGGAUGAGGGAUUUUCAGUGUUGGGUGGCCGCAUUGUGCCUGUGCCCUGUGUCAUCACCUCAGCAGCAGGGUGAGAAUCACCCCAACGUGUGUGGCAGCUCUCCGCCCAUGGAGAGACUCAGCGGCCCUCACGUUGGGAGUCCCGCUGGGAAAGGUAUUAUCCAGGGUAACUAUGAUGACAGAUGCGUCCCUAUCGGGAUGGGGGGGGCGACCAUGCUGGGCAGAGGGGUGAAUGGCACCUGGAGCCCGGGGCUGGCUCGGGCUCACCUAAACAUCUUGGAACUCUGGGCAGUGUUCUUUGCACUAAAACAUUUCCUUCACUUUCUCCAAGGUCGCCAUGUCUUGGUAAAAACAGACAACUCCGUGGUGGUGGCAUACAUCAACCGCCAGGGUGGCACUCACUCUCUGCAGCUGCACAAGUCAGCUCGAGUGUCACAUGUGCCAGGCGUAUUGAACAGGGGGUGGAUCUCCUAUCACGAGGAAAUCCACUGUACGAGAGAGAGAGUGCCAGUGGGACAACAUUCUCUGGUCUGUCAUUUCAUGAAGGGUGCACGCCGCAAGCUCCCAGUUUCCAGACCCUUAAUUCCUCUGUGGGAUCUGUCAGUAGUGCUGGACGCAUUAUCUCAUCACCCUUUUGAGCCUAUGGAGGCUGUAGGGAUGAAGUUUGUCUCUUUGAAAACAGUUCUGCUCUUGGCUUUAACCACAGCGAAGCGUGUGAAUGACUUGCAAGCUUUUUCUAUCCGCCCUUCCUGCUCGCAGUUUGCCCCAGGUGGCACUAAGGUCUGCCUACGACCCAACCCGGCUUUUGUGCCUAAGGUGGUUGAGUCAGCUUACAGAUGUCCCACUGUGGAGCUUUUGGCUUUUCACCCUCCUUUUUCCUCAGGUGAGGAGCAGAGGCUAAACACGUGUCCAGUGCAGGCAGUGCAGGUGUAUGUGAGUAGAACAGUAGGGUUCAGGAAAGCUCAUCAGCUGUUCGUGUCCUGGGCUACUCCUUAUAAAUGCAAGCCACUGUCUCGCCAGAGGCUGUCUCACUGGAUUGUGGAGGCUAUUUCCCUGGCCUAUAAGUGUCGGGGUUUGCAGCCCCCCAAGGGUCUCAGUACUCAUUCCACAAGGGGUAUGGCCACUUCAUGGGCUCUGUUCAGGGGAGUGUCAUUGCAGGAUAUUUGUGCUGCUGUAAGCUGGGCUACCCCUCACACUUUUGUGAGGUUUUACAGGCUUGACGUCUCAGGGCUGUCCUUAGCACAAGCAGUGCUAGAAGUAAACACGCCAGGGUCAGUGUUAUUGCUGACAGGCUGGAUAUGUUUAUGGCCUCUGCAAGCUUAUGCACUCCAGGAGUGGUCUAUAUUUCCCAUAGUGAAACACUGAACGAUGUUAGAAAAAGAACU